GUGUGGUGCUGCCAGAAGAAACAUCUGGGAGGAGCUACAAAGAGGGAGAGCUGAGAACCCGCCCUUCGCCAAAAGCAAAGAACCCAAAACACAGAGAUCUCUCCAAACCCCAAAACCUCGUGCUUUUUCAAAAUGAGUACCAUGAAAUUUUGCCGCGAAUGCAACAAUAUCCUGUACCCAAAAGAGGACAAGGACCAGAAGAUCCUCCUCUAUGCGUGCCGCAACUGCGAUCACCAGGAGGUUGCUGACAACAACUGUGUCUACAGAAAUGAGAUACACCAUGCUGUUGGGGAACGCACUCAAAUAUUGCAAGAUGUAGCUGCAGAUCCAACUCUCCCUCGAACCAAAGCAGUGCGCUGUUCAGAGUGCAAGCAUGGAGAAGCUGUCUUCUUUCAGGCAACUGCUAGAGGAGAGGAAGGUAUGACAUUGUUCUUUGUUUGCUGCAACCCCAGCUGUGGCCAUAGGUGGAGAGACUAAUAUUUACGCCCUCCCAUUGUGUGUUCGGAUUUCAUCCUAUCAAAAGAUGUAUUGUUCCCCCAAAAUAUGACAUUGUUCUUUGUUUGCUGCAACCCCAGCUGUGGCCAUAGGUGGAGAGACUAAUAUUUACGCGUUCCUUUUGUGUGGUCCUAUCAAAAAGAUGUAUUGUUCCCAAAAAACGUAACUUUAGGAAGGAGACACUGACAUGGAGUUUCUAAAGACUUGUUGAGUUAAUUGUAAAAUGUUUAGUAUUAAAAAAACACAGGCAGUCCAGCAUGCACUUGCAUUUGCUUGGACUAUCGCUCAAUAUAUCAGUUGCCCUUUUUUUCUUUUU